AUUUUACAAAAUUACAGACACUAAAUACUUCAAAUUCUCAUCUUUGUAAGGGCAAUUACCAUCUUUGACUAUGACUGAUCAGGUGAUUGUUUCCACAGCCUUCGACAAACUGAACUCAAUGCUUCGUCAGGAAAAACAAGAAGGGUUAAGACUAGUGGUGUGCGUGGAGGAAGAAUUUCGCAAGUUCUUCAACCAAAUGUUGGCCAUUCGUGAGGUGCUCGAGGACGCGGAAAGCAGACAGAUUGACGAUCUUGCUGUGGGAUAUUGGUUACAUAAACUUAAAUACAAGUUCUAUGAUAUCGAGGAGAUGUUCGAUGAGUGGACGACUGCGAUCCAAAAACUACGACCUGAAGAAUUAGAGGACACAGGAGAACGAAGAUAUUCCACUCUUAUGAGAAAGAUAGCAAAUCCUCUGUGGAGGCCUUUCCAAAUUAAAACAUCUCGAUUUCAGAUAUGAAAGAAUGGAAAGGAUGAACUACGGGAUUGCGUUUGCAAAAGAAGAAAUGUUAAAAUUAUGGAACGUAUUGAGUCCCUCACCAUGCAUUCUGCCCCAAGUUAGAGACUUGCCAGACUACAUUUAUAAGGCUACAACUUUGAAGGAGUUGAAGAUCAUCUCAUGCCCUAAGUAAAGAAGAUGAAGGACAGUAUCCAAAAGAGAGUGGAUUCAUCUGGAUCUCACCCGAAAAUCGACUUUACUGAUCUCAAAUAUAUUGAAAAAGGCAGCCAUGAUCGCAUUCAGUCCACAGGUAAUCUCUUUUCCUUUUCCUUUAAUGUAGAUUGCUUUAUUUGUAAGAAUAGAACGUUUUGAUUUUAUUUCUAAUUCAGUGUUCAUACUACAAUAUAUCACGAUUUAAUUUUACCGGUUUAGUUUCCGUAUAGUAUGGCUUAUUUAUGCUAGGUUUUUGCUGAUGAUACCAAAUGCUUUGCAACUCCUCCUCACAUAUUCUUUGCUUUUUUUUAUGUCAGAGUUUAUGGAAUGUAUGAGUUAAUUUAUAUUUCUGAGCUUAAUUUUAAUAUUUCUUUGCCGGAAACGGAUUGAAUCAUGGAAGAUAACU